AUACAAUGAGGGGCGUGGCUUAAUGGGAAUAAUUUCGGCGCUGAGUGCAUGCCCGCGCCUUCUAGCGGUCAAAAUAACAAUUACAUACUGUUUAUAAAUGACAUAUUAGACAUCCGCUUGGUCCUAGUAUUCGAAAACUUUUUCUUUCUUCUUAGUGCAAUCAGACCUCCACUUGGUACGGCACUUUCGGAGGGAGCGAGAUAAAAAAUCUGGUUCUCGAAAAGUGACGUCGGGAGUACUGUAGCAGUUUGACCAUCUAAUCCUUGACUGAUGAAGUUACGGACGAAUCUAGUUUUUCUCGCUACAUUAGAGAGUUUCGCUAUACUUUGGCUUAUUUAGCCAUAUAGACAUGAAAAAUGGAAGCAGAUGUACAGAAAAAAUACAAUCACCUUGUAGUGGUGACAACAAAUCUUUCUUCUGAUGUACAAUCAGAAGCUUUUCAUGUUGCCAUAAGGGAUUUACUUAAAACAAUACAAAUAUCAAAGAAGCAAGGGUUCCUUUUGGCCAGUCCUUCAGCCAAUUUCUUGGACAUGAUUGAUUCACUGAUCCAGAAUACAGAGCUCAGCAUAGAUCUAGCAAUUGUUGCUGGACGGGUAAACUGCUUAACAAAAGUGUUCAUUCAGAAUAACCCUUCAUCAGUAGAGCAACUGACUGUACACACAUUACAGGCUGCCGAAGUCCCCAAAAUCUGCCUCUUAUUUGGUAUUAUUGAUUGUCUACCAAACGAUAGGUGGGAUGUGGCUGUAGCCAUCGUUGCUGAAGAAAUUGUGCAACUGUUGCUCAAUUUCAAUUCAGUAUAUUUUUACAAAAUGAAGUUGUUUCAUACUUGGUUAGAACAUGUUAAAAAAAUUGUGAAUCUCAUCCCCAAUCCAAGUCCUGUUUGGGGACAAAUUCUGCUUCCUCAAAGUCGAGUGAUGGAGCUAAUUGAUCUCCAUUGGGAGACCAGUCAAAUACGAAAUUUAACCGGACAAUGCCUAGCAACCAUCUGCGAUAUAUGGCGUACCUCCGAAUCAACUUCGCAAUACGCUAAUGUUGUUGCCAAGAUUACACUAACUAACCUAACGUGGCAAUCGCAAUCCAAGUACCUCAUCUUAGCUACCUUGGUGCCUUUCAUACACUUUAAGGAACUUCUUUUCGAAUAUCCCGACACCAUUUACGCCAUGACGGUCAGUCUUACUUCAAAUCCAAAAUGCCUGUUGGCUGCCGGAACAGCUCUUUUUAAAGCCUUAGCAAAGCACCUGACGCCUGAGGAUUGGGAAGACUAUUGCCAGAGUGUCCUACUUGAAGCGUUGAAUCACGUUAACCCUGACACACAACGUAAUGCAGCUAAUCACUGGCUUCCAUGCAUGAUUCUUGCUUCGCCUGUGCUUCUGAUGGAACUAAAGCAACGUCUCCGAAAAACCGAUCGUCUUAAUUGGUUAGCUUAUGUGUCACUAUUGAAACUAAUGGAUCAACUAGACGAAAACGACAUACUGCUAACACAACAAGCACUGCAUCAUGGCGAUGAGGAUGUGAGAGUAGCAGCUUUUGGAAUCCUUCUUCAUAAAACUCAAAAAACCGAAAUCGUCCGUCCUGAAGAUUGGAUUUUGGUAAAAAAAUUUGUGUUCAGGAAUCUCCGAUGCGAUAAUUCGCUAUUUAAAUUUAAAUUACUAUCCACUAUACGGUUUUUCCUAAUCCGAGUUUUGAAGUCUUGUCUCAGCCGGAUGAAAACCAAAGGUGCCAUUGACGAAGAUAUUGAGAAUGUGCGUCAAGUAUAUGACCAUCUGUUAAAAUGUUUGACUCCAUCCUCCUGCUACCAAAAGAAAAUCACGUUGUUAGGUAUCCUUUGCGACAUCCACCAUCUAUUUGGCGCUAGUGACACAAAGGCAGAAAAUUUGGUUAGAGGUUCUUCGUUAACUAAUCGCAACGAGCUAAUAACACUGGCCGGAGAACGCUGGAACUUUACUGUAAAAGAAUCAUUGGAACGUUAUACGAUCUGCUUGAUGGAUGACAAUGCCGAUGUUCGCCAACAAGCAGCUCAGCUUCUUCAAAACUUUUUCCCGUGCCCGCCUUCCUCUUAUGUACAGUUGAUUUUUAACCAAGGACUUGCACUGUGUGAUAGUUCCAGUUUCCAGCGUAGUGAGUGUGGUCUCGUCGCACUUCAUCUAGUCAGUCAUUGGUCAUUGACGAACACGUCUGUAAUUCCAAGACUGACAGCAGAAUUUUUAGUAGGCGAUAUCUACAAACGAUUUCAUCAACUCAAGCUUGACUGGAUGGCUUCAGGACAAGCCGUUCACGGUUUUAUUGGCGCUCUAGCAAAAGUGCUUCACGUGACGAAUCAUCAGAACUUGACGGUGUCGUAUACGGAGUUGAUCGCACUGACUGAAAUGGUUAUUUGCUCCGUGUUGGACAUUUUAUCUAGCAAAUCGAUUGGAAGCUCCGUUUUAAACCAAGUUAUUGCGCGACCGUUUGAGGGCAAGAGCCUGUCCAUUGACGAUCGUAUGUGCCAGAAUGUUCCAGUUGUGAAGAACGGCAUUGUUUUCGAUGACUUGCAGCAUGAAUUGAUUUUGACGCGUGCAUGGCUGACUUUGAAGGAGUCGAGUAAUUUGGCUGUUCAAAUUACCACAUUGUUGCUAAACGAUGAGCGGUUAUCGAAAAAAGAGCGUGUUCGUUUAGUAGAGCAAUGCAUUCAAAUAGUUUAUCAAAUCCUUCUCCGUUGUCGUCGCGAGGAUGUCGUCGAAGCAUCUGGCGAUGCAAUGGGACUACUGUGUAAAAAAUGUUUUCUCAGUCAAGAAAACGUGAUCCGAGCUAUCCCAGGCAAGCUGUUGAGAAAUUUUCUCGAAAGACUUGAAAAUUUAAAAUUACUUACAUCUGCUACCCUAAGUUCAACUGGGAUGACUUGUUUAGUUACUAAAAUUGUAAGCAGUCAAUCGGGAAAAUCUCAGUUGGAUUCAUUGCUCACAAUGGCGACCAGAAGAUUGAUUCGUGUUGCUGAACGUCCAGUCGAUACGACUGAAGGACUAAAUGAUGCUUGCAACAUAUCGCAGCCAGUGGCUAUUCACGUACUGAAAUCGCUAGUUCAGGAUGCCUUACUGAACGUUGAUCUUCAACCAGGGUUGAUGGAGCUCAUCGCCAAAUUGAGCGUCAACUCGUUCAGUCAUCCACUUUGGUUCAUCCGUCAUGCUGCUGUACAACUACAUGGAGCCGUCAUAGCAAGUUUAGUGGGCUCAUCUAGCAAAACAACUGCCAACCUCUUCCACAAACUUCCAGGAUUGGAAACUUUUUUCCUUGACAAACUAGCCAGGCAAACAGAUGGUCGACACAUUUUUGCCGGUAACCUUAUCCCCGUUCUCAGCAUAUUGAGCCGACUCUCCCCUGACUUUAGAAACGAGGAUAGAAAUUCUCGUUUUAAGUUCCAUCUUAUGACGUUACUUGGCCACCCAGCAAUCCAUGUUCGCCAAUUAGUUGCUCAGAGUCUACUAGCAUUUGUUCCUUUACCAAAGACGAAGUGGAUAACUAUGCAGCUUUGUGAAGAUGCGUUAACUUUGGCGUCUCUGGAGUAUUUCAGCCACGCCUUUGCAUUUAUGUGUUCGUGGAGAUUCAGGCACCAAUAGCCUUCACGGCUGCUUAUUAGCUAUUCACGAGUUCAUCAAUCGCUGUCGUGAGAUUGCAAUAAGCGUCCAAGACUGGGAAAUGAUUCGCAAUUCGUUGGCGACAUUCGUACCUAUCGAAAAACAUCAUCCUAGUUUUUACAUCAAGUUGACCAUCUUGAAAAUUUUCAAAAUGUUGAAAGGCAUGGCCGGGACACCCGAGUUUUUUCGAAUAUAUCGAGAUGAAUCGGUGCGUCAAUUAUAUUACCAUCACCCUGGUUUCAGUGAAUGGCUGGGGAUUACGACAGAGCUCGUUCUAAGCGAAGGCUCGCUCAAUUCCGUAUUGGAAGCCCAUUCAUUGGCUAUUCAAGAAUUUCUAGCGUUCUACAGUGGAUUGGAAGUUGUGGAAGCUGCAAUGCGAUCACUCACAAACCGUUUUGCUCGUUUUUCUCGCUCAAGUGUCAUGGCUAAUCAUAUCAACUCCUAUAUUACGUACUUCAUAUCUCAUUGGCAGACACAUCCUAGUCUUGUACCUGUUUCUCUUGACUUUAUCCAAAUUCGAGGAGCUUCCGCUCUGCAAGAGAGCGAAACUUCACUACGAGAACACAUAGAUUUUUUUUUGAACACGUGUAUGGAAGCGAGACAUCUGGGCUCUGCUAUAGCACUAUUGGCUUUCCCUACAGCAUCGAUCGUCAUCAAAGAAGCCUUUGCAAAAGGACUGCUAGUGGAUAAUGUAGACGACGUUGCUGUUCGGCUAAGUCGCUGCUUGUUGAACGCUUCCCAGCCAGAAGAAUCUUUGCCCUUUCGUUCGUCAGCCGCAGCCAGUCUCAAGACAAUAGGAAAAGCGCUGGUGGAGAAGGCGAUGGACAAUGCUGAAUUAACACGCAAUCUCUUUCUUCUCAUCAUGUAUCUCAUUUACGACGAAGCAAAAGAAGUUCGAACAGAAACAACUUUCUUUUUGACGGAACUAGUCUCUUCAAUCAAAAGCGGCCCACAUGGACAUCCUCCUUUGCUCCAGAUGAAUCCCGAGGAGUGCCUAGAAGAAUUUGCCAGCCAAGUUCACCAUUGGUUUAGUAAACAGCAUCUUAUUCCAGUCGUAAUUGAGAUGUUAACAGACCCCGAUCUCGAGAAAAAUGAUGAAGUAAAAGUUUUAUACGAAUGUGAAACCCAAAACGUAUUCAACGAGGAGAUCGAGUCAAUAUUUCUCUUAAUCAAAAUUGUCAAGUCCUUGUUAGGGACUACAGGGAGUGAUGGUAAUCCUUUCGUGUUGGAUGUCGAUAUGCAAAAAGUUAUAGAAGGAGCUGAUCGUACAAUUAGUAGUAUCCGGUCCUUUGCUUCGUGUAGAGAGGAUACGGCAGGGUGGUUCUUUAUUAUGUCAAAGAGAAUUUAUUCAGUUCUCAGUCAACUCAGCGCCCGUCUUUCUAUCUUAAUGAUGUGUUGCCCAUCUUGUAAAGCGGAUGGUCGUUUUGUGGAACUUCAAAGCGCAAUUCAUAGUCUUAUUCGGUACAAAAUGUUGUAGUGUGUUGUUUUGUUUGUUUCUCAUUUACAGUAAAAUUGGGAUCAAAUUAUUCCGAGAAAUGUUUAGGCACAUCUUCCUAUGAAGAUGCAAAUUAAGUUUAAAUUCUAUUAGAAUUAUGUUUCAAAGAUGCUGCAUAAAAAACAAAAUAUACGGAAUCGGGCACA